AAUAUUCAACAAACGAACAAAAGCUAAUAUGAGACAGCUUUAAGCAUUGGCAGUUUUAUUAAGAUUGAUAAUCAAAAACUAAAUAUUCAUUUUUAGCAUGUGUAACAAUUUGUUUGUUUGUUACUCUCCAAAUAUAAACAGAAGGAAAGUUGAACAGCUUCGGUUUCAGGUAAACCAUGGCACUUAACAUAUAUUUAUGAGAGAGGGACACUAACAAACGAUCAUAAACACAAAAAGAAAACGAUGGAUGUCAACAAGAACAUCGUCAAAACCCUAGCUCGAUGGUGCCUUCUCCUACAAGCAAUAAUGAUCUCUUCCAACACCGUGGCUCUCAAGGAACCAGACUACGUAAACAUGAACGUAACAAUCCGUAACGCAAUGACAGGGCUAAUCCGACCGGAGAUCGUCUACCGAUGCCAGUCCAAACGCAAAGACUACGGUUGGCAUCGAUCUAAAAAACCAGGAAUGCAGUUUUCAUUCCCAAUCAUUCUCAUAAAAGGUGAAAGCAAGAUACCUGCUAUUCACAUCUGCAAUGUCCGGUCAGUCCUAGGAACCGCCACACUCGUGAUCGAAAACACUUAUCUCGAUGCAGAGAUGUGUCCUAAAUCUUCAUGUGCUCACGUAGCUACACCUAAGGGGAUCGUGUUUAGAGGCCUUGAAUGGGAUUUCAAAACCGUGUUUCCUAAACUCAAACCAGUUGAGUAUCUAGAGUUGCCCUGGACACCUUGGCCUAACAGAACAUGAAUUUUUUGUUUCUUCUGUACUGAAUGUAACUAUAUACUGUAUUUAGAGUUCAUAAUCAGUAUGUCACAUACAAUUUCUUGCAGAGAGAUCUAUAUAUACGUUUUAUAUAAAAACACCAACAAAAAUAAGUAGGGUUACAAAACGUUUCGAUUCAGGUCAUGAUCACAUAGUUUUAGGAUCACUCACUGUUUAGUGCCAUUCGUUGUUUGUGAGUUUCUGAAUGUAGCUUAACAUCGGUAGCUAAUCCAAUGGCUUGGAGGAAACUAACACGUACCAAUUCAUAUCAAGUUGCAACCAUUCAAGGCCAUGUUUCUCUGAAAACUCAAAAGCAUGGUGAUUGUUGUGCCAUCCUUCUCCAAAUGCUAGAGCUGGUACCCACCUAAAGCAUCAUAAUUCAGAUUAGAGUUAUAUAUAUAAAGAUGAGUGGAUAAGGAUUUGAUGGAAUCAGUUCUUCUUCGACAAAUCUCCAGUGUUCCAUGCUUGUCUUCCCCAUACAUGACAAGCUGAUUUCACUAGCCACAUUAUAUGAUAUACCCAUACUAUUCUUACACCCGACAAAACAAAACCAUAUUAGAGAUGUAAGGGAUGAGAAGCAACGGUCGAGAAUUUGCUAGAAAACGGAAAAAAAUUGACUAUUUGAGAUUUUUGCUGCUAUCAAAUCAAAUUCUUUUGUGAUAUGUUAGCAUUUAUGGCCAGAAAAAAAAAAUCUGUUUACAUUUAAAUGUGAAACUAGAUCUCGAUCCGCGCAACCGCGCAAGUUUUUGUUUUCAAUUAUUUUUAUAUAAAUAUUUUAUUUUCAAUUCUAAAUUGAUAUAUAUUAUAAUAUAUGUGUCUAUCAAUUUUUAAAACACAGUAAGUUUACGGUAUAUUUUUUUUAAUGAAUAUAUUGUUUUAAACUUUCACA